GUAUCCAACGCCUCCUGUAAAAUCUAUAGUGACAUGUAUAUUCAGUGAUUUUGUAACGACAAUGAUAGCUGUCGGUUGAAGUGACAUGUUCUUGACUAGCUUCAUAUAUUCUCUCAUAAUAUAUGAAAUAACCGUGAAAAUAAAGGAAAAUCGACAUAUAAACUCAAUCAAGGUAUGCUCAGCACUAAACUGCAAAUAUUAGUAUCAGAAAUGAAGAAGUCGAAGACAUCAAACGUUAUUUCGACCAUAUCUCAGAAACAACUGAAGGAGAUUCAGGGGUAUUUCACACGUAUGUGGUGUAUAUGUUUGAAUGUCAUGGUUAGGCCAAAAUGGAAUUAGACAGGGAACACAUGAAAAUGGGACUGCCUUGGGAUCAUCGGGGUUAAAGUCAAAGCUCUCAGAUAAUGAAGCAAUUAUAGAUUCCGUCUUAAGAGAUGUCAUCGACUUGAACCAUGAUAAGCUUCCGGAAUCAUCCUUGGUAAAAGUCCUCACUUCAGUAUAUCUAGACGCGAAAUCAAAGCUUGGAGCCAAUGGUAAGAUUAUUCUUCCUCCUUCACCACUUCCUAGUGUUACAGGAUACAACACAGAAGGUAUGUAAGUACUUUUUUCUUCUCAUUUCAAGAGCGUGGUUUGCAUCUCCAAGAAUGCUCCUAAAACUCCUUUAGAUUCGAAGAUGCCCGAUCCAAACAGCAAACUAAGCCAAUGCGACAUGCCAGCCUCAGACAAAAACAAACAUCAGUGGAGUGGAGAUGUAGCUAACUCGUCAACUCAAAUCACAUAUGACCUAUGGGAUAAACAACCUGAUUGCUUGGAUACACCUAGUUUUCAGAAACUAGAAGCUUCAAAUGUUCUUUCGGAUACUAAAGUCGAUUUCCCAACCGGUAAAUCCAAUCCCGAGUCUACAGAAAAACUGUCUAAUCCGACCGCAAUUAGCGACAAUCAGAUAGACAAUGUCCCUGCUCUUACUCCUAUGGCUUUUGGUUCUGGACAAGACGCUCAUUUGUCAAAACAAGAAGAAAAUCGUCGACAGUGGAAGGCUGCUUUAGAUGAACAACUGAAAGAGCAACAACUUAUGCGGUGCAAAAAUCCUCAGGAACUGCAAAAGGACUGCAGAUUCAAUAAAAUUCAGUCGGGAUCUUCUUCAAAUGACUUGGGACAUUGUGACAACUCAACUGCAUUUCAUGGAUUAAGUAUAUCGAACAAUCCAUCUAACAACGCAUUGGCAUCACAUCCUUCGGCUAGUCAUUUUAUGUCGUCAGGUUUCUUUUUACCUGAUUCAACUGUUACCAACGAUUUCCAUGCAUCAUCUGGUAAAAAGGAUACUCCUAACCAACCCUGGAAGGUUGGUUUUAAUCGUGUUCGAGGUUUUACUCAACAACUGUAUACAGAUUCCUUGGAAUCCGCUGAACGUGCGCGACUUGCUCACGAAACUAGAUUGAUAAAUUUGAAACAGAUUGAAGAAAAACGUCGUCUAAAAGAAGAAGAGAAAGCAAGACUCCUUAUGGAAGAGAAAAUGGAAGAAGAGCGUAUCUCACGUGAACGUCUUCGAUUACAACAAAUGGCCGAGUUUGAAAAUUCUCGAAAGAUAGCAAAAGAUAUGGAAGAAUUUCAACGUACACAAUACUUAUAUGAAUCACUUGUUCGCGCUCAAGAAGAAGCAAAGCUGACUAAAAUUCAGAAACAUCCAUGUUACUCCGAAUUAAAACGAAACAGGGAUUCAUUAAGUCAAAAAGCCGUCAUACAGUCUGAAUUACUUGUCCCAUAUUUGUCUAUUGCAUCUGAGGUUGAAAAACAGAGUCAAAAUAAUCAUUUGUAUGCUUUCCUAUCUUCAUCCGGUUGUAAUGCGCCAGAUUCUGCUGCAUAUCCUAAGAAUUCAUUGGCUGUUCAAACAUCGUUUCCCGAAAAUAUCGGCAUUCAAACAGAAAACUUCGAAUGGACUAACUCGAAAGACAAACAAGUUUUGAAUAAUCCAGAUUCAAAAAAUCAAAAUAAUGGCACUUCUGCUUACAAACUAAAACCCGGUGACAACAAAUCAGUAAAGAAUAAUCCCAGUAAAAUGUCUGUAUCUGUGUCAACUCAGCAAAAACAACAGUCUCGACCAAAUCGAUUAACUUCAAAUUAUAAGCCUACAAAUAAUAAUAAUCCAGUUAAUAAUAAAACAAAAGUACCACAACUACUAAAAGGUAAACAAACUUCAAAAUCUCAAACAUUUAAUUCUGAUUCAUAUAAUAAUAAUGAUAAUGGCUUUUCUAAAUCAGCCAAUGAACAAUCAAAACUAUCAAGCAGUAAUGGCGCACAAACAAUUAAUUCAUGUACCGGUACAAAUAAGUUCGAAAGAUCUGUCCAAGAUGGAAGUAGUAUGAAAUCACGUAUUCCCAUACCAAUAUCCACAGCCUACAGUGUAUCGUCAACUUCAAUGCAAAAACAUCAAGUUUCAACUGUCAACACUGAAUCUCCAAAUAAUACUACAUUUCUUAAUCAUGAAAAUCCUUAUGGGCCUGCGAAUCUUAUUCGUACUUAUGAUGUAUUGAUUCCGAAUGAUGCAAAUAUAAUAUUGCCUAUCAGUCAUGAACCUGGUGUUGUGGAGAAUACUAGAAAAUCAGAAGGCAAAGAUUCGCUUCGAAAUCUGAAUACAAAACAUGAGCGUUCAAUUACCCGACAAGAUACUAUUUUACAACAGUUAUCAGAAAUUCGUAAGGGUUUACAAUUACGUCAAAUGUUGUGUGAAUCAAGCACUUAUGAAGAUGAUAUCAAUUAUUGAAUAGAAGAUACAAUGCAUGUGUUUUAUUUGUACGGUGAAUUCUUCACGACAAAAUAAAUACAACAUAUCAUUUUACCAAGACUGAAAAUGUCAUAAUCAUUUUUCUAUCUUUCUAUUUGUGUAUUAUGUAGAUUUUCUGUGAUGACUUGUAUCAUUAUUUUUUUUUCAUGAGGAGUACAGUGACAGAAAUAAUUAUAUCAUCAACAUAUCAUCAGUAUGAUUAGUGCCAUUGACAUUCAAUUCUUCCAUAGAGUUGUUCAUUCAUUUUCAUAUAUUACUUAUUUCUAUUGUGAAUUGUCGUUUUUGAUACAAUUGACUGGUACUUGCAUUUAUCAACAUAUCACUAAUAGUUGUUUCAGCAUGGAAAGUAUUACUAUCCGGGAUUAUUACUAAUACCAAAAAAUUCUUUUAUUUAGUUUUCUUUUUCGCUUUCUUUAAAUGAUGUAGUUUGAUUUUAUGCAUUUCAUAUUUAAGAUUUUGAACGGUGUUGUAUAUUUUGAAAAUAUAUGUAAUAUAUUUAUUGACAAGAA